GUCUACACCCAGGGAACGAAGAGUAAGCGCCAUGUUGAAGCCGCCAUUGCCACUCAGAUCCCUCUUAUUCCUGCAGCUGCCUCUGCUGGGGGUGGGGCUGAACCCAAGUGUCCUCACGCCCAAUGGGAAUGAAGACAUCACAGCUGGUGGGAAACCUGGGACUGGAGGAGACUUCUUCCUGACCUCUACACCCCCUGGGACCCUCAAUGUUUCCACUCUGCCCCUCCCAAAGGUUCAGUGUUUUGUGUUCAAUGUCGAGUACAUGAAUUGCACCUGGAACAGCAGCUUUGAGCCCCAGCCCACCAACCUGACUCUGCAUUAUGGGUACAAGAACUUUAAUGAUGAUGAUAAACUCCAGGAGUGUGGCCACUAUCUGUUCUCUGAAGGGAUCACUUCUGGCUGUUGGUUUGGAAAAAAGGAGAUCCAUCUCUACCAAACAUUUGUUGUCCAGCUCCAGGACCCAUGGGAACACAGGAGGCAGCCCGAACAGUUGCUAAAACUGCAGGAUCUGGUGAUCCCCUGGGCUCCGGAGAAUCUGACACUUCGCAACCUGAGUGAAUUCCAGCUAGAACUGAGCUGGAGCAACAGACACUUGGAACAUUGUUUGGAGCACCUGGUGCAGUACCGGAGUGACCGGGACCACAGCUGGACUGAACAAGCCGUGGACCACAGACAUAGCUUCUCUCUGCCUAGCGUGGAUGCACAGAAAUUCUACACGUUCCGUGUUCGAAGCCGCUAUAACCCACUCUGUGGAAGCGCUCAGCAUUGGAGUGACUGGAGCUGCCCCGUCCACUGGGGCAGCAAUACUUCAAAGGAGAAUCCUGAGAAUCCUGAGACUCCUUCGUUGUUUGCAUGGAAAGCUGUGCUGAUCCCCCUUGGCUCCAUGGCAUUUAUCGUGAGCCUCAUCUGUUUGUACUGCUGGCUGGAACGGACGAUGCCCCGAAUUCCUACCCUCAAGAACCUAGAGGAUCUGGUUACUGAAUACCAUGGGAACUUUUCGGCCUGGAGUGGUGUGUCUAAGGGACUGGCGGAAAGUCUGCAGCCAGACUACAGUGAACGGCUCUGCCACGUCAGUGAGAUCCCUCCAAAAGGAGGGGAAGGGCCUGGGGGCUCCCCCUGCAGCCAGCAUAGCCCCUACUGGGCUCCUCCAUGUUACACCCUGAAACCUGAGCCCUGACACCCUGACAGAACCCCAGGGCCCUGUAGCCCUAAAUUGUACUAACUUGCCCUCGUCCAACCAACCUGGGUCCAGUGCUCACCUCGCCCCCCUGUGGCUGAUUUUGAAUUUUGUGCCCCCUAUAACUGCCUUCUCAUUCAAUAUCUCCUACUUGAGAAUUGCCCCUUUGCCCUGUCCAUGUUUCUCAUCUCCCCCAGCCCAGCCCUUCCUCCUCACAGCAUUGCUUCUGCUGUCCCUCCCUCCCUCCCUCCCCCUUUCCAUCUACCCUUCAACUGUUCCAAAAACGAAUGAGAAAUAAAAGUUCUGUUGAUAAUCA